AUGGCUCUCGACGUCGAAAAUCACCUCGACGCGGUAGAGCGCUCCGUGUCGUCGCCGGAGCGCGAUGGACAACCCGCUCGCGCUGUCACUCUCACACGCAGCUACGCGACGACGGUUGAGGACUUGUGGGACGCCGUGACGAACGGUGAGCGUAUUCCGCGCUGGUUUCUGCCGGUCAGCGGUGAGCUUGAAGACGGCGGCCGCUAUCAGUUGGAAGGCAACGCCGGGGGCGUGAUCACGGCGUGCGAACCACUAUCACACUUUGCGCUAACAUGGGAGUUCGGUGAGGACGUCAGCUGGGUUGAGGUGCGUUUCUCGGAGUAUGGAGCCGGCAGCGCGCGGCUUACACUCAUGCACACCGCGUACCUCUCGGAACACUGGAGCGAGUACGGUCCGGGCGCAGUAGGCGUCGGUUGGGAGUUGGCCCUGAUGGGACUCGCAAUACAUAUCGAGCAGCCGACUGAGCCAAUGCCGGAUGAAGUCGAUUUCGCCACUUCACCGGACGGCAGGGCGUUCAUCGCAGGCAGCAGCGAGGCGUGGGCGCAAGCGGCGAUCGAUGCCGGAGCGGAGCCUGACGCCGCGCGGGCGGCUGCAAGGCGCACGACCGCGUUCUACACCGGAGAAUCGGCCGAUCCUGCCUGA